GGAACGCACCCGCCCUUCUUCUUCCGGUCCGUCCCUCACAGCUCCCGGGAUCCCACGUGUGUUCAGCCUGGAGUAUCCGCGUGUGCUGCUGCGGCUGUGGUUAGUGAUUGACGGAUCUGGAGUGCGGAGGCUCUCCGCGGCCUCCUGGACGUCACCAUGCCUAAAGUACCAAAGGGAAGAAGUACAGGACAGGAAAAAAAAGUCAUCCAUCCAUAUAGUAGAAAAGCAGCUCAAAUUACGAGAGAGACCCACAAACAAGAUAAGAAAGAAAAGUUGAAGAAUGAAAAGGCCUUACGUCUCAAUCUUAUUGGUGAAAAACUGCAGUGGUUUCAAAAUCAUCUGGAUCCCAAAAAAUUGGGGUAUUCAAAGAAAGAUGCUUGUGAAUUAGUUGAAAGGUAUUUAAAUAGAUUUAGCAGUGAGCUGGAGCAGAUCGAGUUACAUAACAGCAUCAAGGACAGGCAAGGAAGGCGGCACUUUUCCCGGGAAACAGUUAUCAAGCAGACGAUGGAGCGGGAGAGACAGCAGUAUGAAGGAUAUGGCCUUGAGAUCCCAGACAUUUUAAAUGCAAACAAUCUGAAAACUUUUAGGGAAUGGGAUUUUGAUCUGAAGAAAUUGCCAAACAUUAAAAUGAGAAAACUCUGUGUUAAUGAUGCAGUUCCUAAGAAAAGGAAGAAGAAAACUAUUUUAACUAUAGACAAAAAUUUAGAGGAAUUGGAACUAAAAGGUGAAUCAAAUGACUCAGAUGAAGAAAUGACUCCAGUAGCCUGAUUGUCUUGAGUUGAAAAUAAUUUGAGAGCUUCAAAUUACACACACAUUAAUUAUGGUAAAUAAUUAUCUAGACAUAAGAAUUUGCUAUUGAACUCAUUGCUUUAUAAUGAGAGUCCUAUUAUCAGUUUAAAAUAUGGUGUUAUGAUUUUUAUUUAAAAAUGAAGGUUGCAUUUCAUUUAUAUUAAGUUGCUGAAAUAGAUAAAAGUUGUAUUAAUCUGUUUUCAGUUGCUAUAAUGAAAUACUCAAGGUUAGGUUACUUAUUAAGAAAAGACAUUUAUUUAGCUCCUGAUUUUGGAGGUUGAAAAUCCGAAAGUACUGGCUCUGGUAAGGGCCUCUGGCUAUGUCACUUCCCAGUGGAUGACAUCAUAAUCCAUGCAGGAGGGUGUGACAGAAGGUAGUGAGACUGAACACCAGAGAAUGGGGAGGGGCCAGUAAUGACCUCUCACUAGGCCCAUCACUUAAAGGUACUACUACCACCUCUUAACAUUACCACACUAAGCACCGCGCUUCUAUUAUGUGAGCUCUUGAGGGAGACAUCCAAAAGUGAUCUUUUAAAGACAUUUAAUCUGAACUUUGUGCAGAGGAAAAGUAAUGUGUGAGGACAAAAUGUGUUUUGAAUUUUUUCCUUAUGUGGAUUUAGGAUUGCCUAAUCUCCCAAAUGGAGUGAAUGUACAGUAACCUGUUUCCCAAGAGGUUCCUGUGGACAUUUCUUAAAUUGUGAUAAUAACAAAAUUGUGUUAAACCGAUUCUUCUCUUAAACAUUAAACCUAUUUUUUUUCCUUACAAAUAGGGAAGAAUUUGAUAGUGAAGUCAUAUUCACCAAUAGAUUAUACAUUAUCAUUUAUUUUUUUUCUGAGCCAGAAGUAAAGGUUAAAAACAGAAGAGUCUGUCUCUGUGGUUAUGUUGAUCCCCACACUUAAUCUGUAUCUUUUGACAAAGAGAAUAAAUGAUUUAGGCUUGCUCCUUUUCAUUA